ACAUACAUGAUAUUUCGUGAUAAGCAGAUUAACAAUAACAACACGUAAUAGAUAACAAGUAGCACACAUAUACUUGGACGAAGCUAUAUGUACAGUAAGAAUACCAAAUGGCACACAGGUAUUGAAGCACACAGGUAUUGAAACACACAGGUAUUGAAGUACACAGGUUUUGAAGCACACAAGUAAUGAAGCACUCAGGUAUUGAAGCACACGUUUUGAAGCACACAUGUAUUGAAGCACACCGCUAAUGAAGCACACAGGUUUAUGACUCUCUGUGGACGCAAAAUGGCCGUUAUUAGAUGUGGCAGACGGCAGUUUGAUCUGAACCUCAUAACAGUUGAACCAGUUUUGUUUCUUUACAUGAUCGGAUCUUUUCUGACAUACCCAACCUUCCAGGCCUUUGUGUACAACAAGAUCUGCAUUAACAGCUACAACGAGACUUUCUGCACCAGUCUGCAGAACAAGACGUUCCAGGAGGACCACAAAACAGAAGAGGAUUAUGUCCAGUCACAAACGUCCUACUGGAUUUUGAAGAAAAAUGUUGUGGAACUUGUUCCGUCAUGCUUCAUGGUUGUGUUCUUUCUUGGACCCUGGGGUGAUAAAAUGGGUCGGAAGCUGCCAGUAAUACUCCCAUGUUGUGGAGCAAUGUUGGCUUCCGUCACCUACUUAAUCAUGUCAAUCUUUCCAUCUAUAAAAGAAGAAUACAUGUAUAUCGGGUUUGCUGUAAAUGGGUUGUCCGGUGCUUUUUCAGCUCUGUUGAUGUCCGUGUACAGCUACGUGACGCACAUUGCUGAUCCCGCCAAUAAAACGGUGCGAAUAGGGAUCCUGGAGUCCAUGACAUUCUUUGCUGCAACAGUUGGGGUGUUUGUAUCAGGAGUCAUGCUGGACAAUACAAGCUUCGUAUUCGUCUUCGCGUUCAUAACUGGAAGCUUCUUUUUAGGAAUGUUAUACGCUAUCAUACGUCUAGAGAACAUCACAGCCAACACAAGACCCGAGGGUGAAGGCAUCUGCGCUUACUUGUGUCUGUCCUCCAUCAAGGAGUCUGGUCGUUGUGUGAUGAAGAAGAGGCAGGAGAAGAGAAAUCUCUAUAUCUUCAUUCUGCUUGUUGUCUUCGUCAUACUUGAACUUGGAACAUCAUGUGAAAUUGACGUCCUUUUCCUGUACACAAGGCGAGCUCCUCUCAGCUGGACUUCAACAACGUUCGGUUACUAUAAGGGUCUGGAGAACUUCACUCGCAGUCUUACCCUGGUCACAGUUAUGCCUCUAUGCAGGAAGAUGAGAGACACCACUUUAGGACUAUGGGGCCUGGUGUCCAAGAUCAUCGGCCUGGUGAUGAUUGGUCUCAGCCCGUGGACAUGGCUUGUAUUUCUAGUGGUAAUAUUUGCCAUGUUUCAAGGCUUUCCAGCAGCUAUUGUUCGGUCACUGAUGUCCAGUAUGGUCAGCCAGGCUGAACAGGGACGACUGUUUGGGGUGGUGGCUGCUGUGGAAAGCAUCGCAAGCAUGUUGGCAUCCCUCCUCUUCAAUGAACUCUACCCAGCAUCCCUGGCUUUCUUCCCAGGGUUCAGCUUCCUGUUGGCCGCUGGUCUGUGUGUCAUCGCUGAAGCCAUCAUGCUGUGGCUACAUUUUGAUCUCCGGAAAAUGGUGCACGGUGACAUACAACAAGAAACCAAGGAGGAAAAGACACCGACAGACAACACGUGGCGCAAUAAAGGUGACUUGCAGACAAAUGCAGUUAUGACACACAUGUAACGAACGUCUUCCCGUAUUCGACUUAAUAAUCGCCCAGGGCGCUCUCAAAAUUAGAAAUAGGGGGCUUUUUUGGUGAAAAAACAGUGUUGAAAGAUAAUUUUCGUGGUUUAUGCUGACAGCCUGAAGUGUUUAUGUAG